AUGUGUACUGGAACCGUCGCUGCCACAGACAGAUGCAAAUGUAAAACCGGGUAUAUCCUCGGGAGUGACGGAAAAUGUUCAAAUGCUCUUGGUAAAGUCUGCACCACGGCUGGAUCAGAGUGUGCCUCUGUAACAAACAGCCUUUGCGACGCCGCGGCACUAACAUGCAAGUGUCCUGCGUAUAUGACGACAUCGACCACCGCCUGUACCGCAAAAACGUGCACAGUUGCGGCCGACUGCACGGCCCUGGACUCCAGCUCGGAAUGUGCUGGAAAUCCGCUCGUAUGUGCGUGCAAAUCUACCCAUCUGCUGGGCAACGAAGGGAAAUGCUCCCUAAAAUGCCAAGCCGACACAACGUGUACAGCUGCUGAUGCCAACUCGAAAUGUUCCGGCGCCGCUAACACAGACAAAUGCCAGUGCAACACUGGGUAUAAACUCGGGACUGAUGGAAAAUGUGCUAAAUCCAACGCAGCUGGUGUUUUCGCAUCGAUGGCCCUUCUUCUGAUCUGUUUUCUGACAACUAAGUUCUAGAUGAAACGGACGCCACACACACAAAACUACUAUGUUUCAUUUCAACAGAAUUGCUUCUUAAAAUAAUCUUCAUUAUUUAUACUGAACUUAAAAGGAAAUAUUGUAACGGGUAGGCUAAAUCGAACGUAUUAAAAAUGAACGUAUCGUUCUUAAACUAAUUGUAUAACCUGUUAACUAUAGAAGAUUCACAAAGUUUACAAACAUAUUAAUUCAAAUGUAUUUACUGUCAAUGACUAUCUUAAUAAUAAAUAACUUAAUUUUUUUCUUUUUCGGUCCACUAUAUGUUUUCAACAAGUUUAAUGUGUAUAUAUCAGAUGAAUGUCCGUUUAGAUCAGUCAUGCAAAUCUAUGUCGUACAAAUAAUAUAGUGUCUUAAACUUAAAAACAAAUAAUCAAAAUAUCGUAAAGACGUUAAUAUAUAUUGUCCUGUUUGUUUGAACUAUUUUUUAUUUUGAUUACUGUUUUUUGUUGUAAAGCAUGUUGCCUUAUAAGAUGUGUAAACAAUAGUUAAAUGUUUAACACUGAAAUGUUACAAUCAAAAUAUCAAAGUAUUGCAAUUUUGUCAACAGGUUUCACCUCCUUGCAAAACCACUAUUUUUCAUUGCAAACUGUCGAAAAUGGAAAAUGAAUUAAAAUUAUAAGAGAAACUAUACGAGUCAGCUACCAAACAUUAAAAUCAAAUAAAAUGUUUAUGUGUGAGGAAACUAAACCAUAUCUUGCUUGGGAUAUUCUGUGACUAAUGCACUUGAUAUUAGUUUUAUGGCCUGAAUAGCAUGUUUACAUCUGUAAAACAGGCAUAUAUGAUCUUGCAAGUAUGGUUUGUAUGAUCACAUGAACAUCUUUUUACGUUCAACUGAAAACUGGAUGCUUAAUUUGAUUUUUGCUUGCAUUUUACUAUGUUUAACAUAUUGGUUAGGCAAUGUCUUCUUCUUAUCUUUGCUUUUUUGUUUGCUGUUUUAUUUAAUAAACUUGUAUCAAUGAAGGAG